AUGUCACCAGUGGACCAAGUACAAUGCCAAUCCCCAGCACAGCCACCACAACCACCGCUCGCGGCGGUGACCCUCGACUCGACCGUCGCCGACGGGACUGGAAGCUCCGAUCCGCCACAACCUCAAGAACAGCCUCCUGCUGUUCCUCUCGCAAAUACCCCUAAGCUCAGCCACCAAGGUCGCGUUCGUACGGGGUGCCUUGUCUGCCGGGCCAGAAAAAUCAAAUGUGACGAGCAGCGACCGAACUGCCACAAGUGCGUCAAAUCGAAGCGGAGAUGCGUCUACAAGCGAGGACCGCCCGCGGUGCCGCUUGACUCAGCAUCGACAAGGAAUGAACCUCUACGACGCCCGGAAAAUUCAGGACAAGAAUCUCCUGCUACCGCUGCCGCCGUCACCCUCCCACCGCCCCCUCAUGGAACCUAUCUGACUUCCGAGCAACUCUUUUCUCCCGACGACACCUCCCAUACGGGUGAAUCAGAACUUUUUGACCCGACCCGACCGACGGCGGAAAUAGAAGCAGCACGCGGACGAGGAGGAGAUUCGACGUCGUAUGUGGACACGUCGCCAUGCAACCACCAAGCCGACGGUAUCCGUCAAGGGCCAGACCUCAGCAACGCCGAGUCCCCUUCCGCUCGAUUCUACAACACUUCGCUGGACAUUUACCUCGUCACAACUCUGGACUGGAUGGGCGCCUCGGCGCUGCCCAACCGACCCUUCACCUACUUUAUCGAAGAAGUAGACUGUCCUUUCAUCUCGCCCUUUGACAACCUCAAUUGGAAAUGGAUAAAAUUUCAUCUCGCCCAACUAGCCAUCCAGGAGACGUCGAUAGCUGCAGCUAUCCUCGUCUUUCAAAGCUUGUACAGGGUCAUGGUCAACGGAUUGCCUAUGUCCAACGCCACUGCCGAGUAUCGCACUGCCAUGACAAAUUUGGAACUCAUGGUGGGAGACGAUGGACUCAAUUUUGAAACUAUUCUCGUCGUCGCCUUUCUUCUGUGCUUGUGCCAAGUGACUAUACCAAACGAAGACGGCCCCUAUUUUCACGCAUUCGGGCCCAAAUUCGAAACUCGUUUGGAGACUUGGUUGGAGAGCCUGCAAGCGUCGCCCGUCGCCUUGCGAAUUUGCACCUGGUUACAACUGCUACAUGUCGCCACGAAACGUGUCGGAAAUUGCGGAUUACUGCCCGAGACCAUGUUCGACCUCCUGAGCAACAAUAUCAGCACAGUCCCAAGUCUGUCGACCACGGGCUGCUAUACCGAUUCGGCAGACGCCAUGUACGACGUCCUCAGCGCUCCACUAUAUAAGUUUUACUUCCAGAUACAAAGGAUAUCUAACGAAAGUCAAGGUCUCAGCCACUAUCGUCGAUCACGAAUCACUCCGGCAGAUCAAGCAGAAGCUGCCGGAAUUGCCGUCCGACUGCGGCGAGAGUUGUCAACUUUGUGGAACACCCGACCGGGUCCAUUGCGAUUUCAACCUGGCCGACUUCGACAAGAUUUACGCGAACCCAUCGCAGAACCUCUCCUAGCCCUCACCGGACUCUGCAUUGCGGCAUAUUCUAUCGAAAACGUCGCGCUGAGGCGAAUUCUUGGAGACCCACCGUUCCCAUCGCCCGAGUCUGCCCCUAGUCUGCGCCAAAUUCGGGACGUGAUUGACGGUGACUGGAAUGUUUCGAGCGAGGGAGCCUUAAACCCAGGAUACGUUCGUCCGCUGUUUCUGUACGCCAUUGAAAAUAUACAACGCGAGGAAACACAAUGGGCAGUGACCCGCCUAAGGCAGGUCAAGAGUCCCCUGAGUAGGAGUGACUUUGUGGCGUCUCUGGCAGAGGCUCUUGGUGAGGCGCAGCGGACGGAACAGAGGCGAGUGACGACCAAAUACUUUUGUUAUCGAUCGUUUAAUGUUCCUGUACCCUUGAUCUAG